AUGUCCCUCAGGUGCCAGCCUGUGCCAGGCACGGCCAACUGGGAAAAGGCCCAGGGGCCAACCCAGAACAUGCUGCAGGGACUCCAGCCCAGCUGGCAGGGGAACUCGUGGGCAUCCCGCAGGAAACGCUGGAGGAGGUUACUGGGGAAAGAUGGGCGGACUUUGUACAGCUACAGCUCGGCAAUGGAUAUUGUGGCAGUAGUUGGACACAGAGAGCCGUUGCCUGAUGAUAGUAGAGACAAUAUCACCAUUUUCACCCGAAUUCUAGACAGGCUGUUGGAUGGAUAUGACAACAGACUACGUCCUGGGCUGGGAGAGAGUGUGACAGAAGUGAGGACAAACAUCUAUGUGACAAGUUUUGGGCCGGUGUCGGAUACAGACAUGGAGUACACCAUCGACGUCUUCUUCCGUCAGAGUUGGAGGGACGAGAGGCUGAAGUUUGACGGGCCCAUGCAAGUUCUACCACUCAACAACCUCUUGGCCAGUAAGAUCUGGACUCCUGAUACAUUUUUCCACAAUGGAAAGAAAUCGGUGGCCCAUAACAUGACGACUCCUAACAAACUGCUACGACUAGUUGACAACGGCACACUUCUCUACACGAUGAGGUUGACCAUUCAUGCUGAGUGCCCCAUGCACCUUGAGGAUUUCCCGAUGGAUGCACACGCCUGUCCUCUGAAAUUCGGAAGUUACGCUUACACCAAUAACGAGGUGAUCUACCUGUGGACCCAAGGAGAUGAAAGAUCUGUUGCCGUGGCAGAGGAUGGCUCCAGGCUGAACCAGUAUGACUUACUGGGACAUGUUAUUGGCAAAGAAACCAUCAGUUCCAGCACAGGAGAAUAUGUAGUGAUGACAACAUAUUUCCAUUUGAAAAGGAAAAUUGGCUAUUUUGUGAUUCAAACCUACCUCCCGUGCAUCAUGACUGUCAUACUGUCUCAGGUCUCCUUCUGGCUAAACAGAGAAUCGGUUCCUGCUCGCACUGUAUUUGGGGUCACCACUGUCCUAACCAUGACCACCCUGAGCAUCAGUGCUAGAAACUCCCUCCCUAAGGUGGCCUAUGCCACUGCCAUGGACUGGUUCAUGGCUGUGUGCUAUGCCUUUGUCUUCUCUGCCUUGAUUGAGUUUGCCACAGUCAACUACUUCACCAAACGCAGCUGGGCAUGGGAUGGGAAAAAAGAGGGCAUGGAGAUAAGGGAACCGUUUCAGGCUAACAUGGCCAGGAUUAACGAUAUGAGAAGAGAAUCGGCGACUUUGUCCAAAAAGGCAAACAACACCUUCAACAUUGUUGGAACCACCUACGCCAUCAACGUGGCUAAAGACCAAGGUUUAACAACCAUUUCCAAGAGUGCCACUGCAGCGGCGGCCAAACACCAGUACCUCCAUAAAAUGGAUGACCCAUACACGGAGGCCAAGAAAUCCUACAACCGUGUCAGCAAAGUGGACAAGAUCUCGCGCAUCAUUUUCCCAGUUCUGUUCUUCAUCUUCAACUUAGGCUACUGGGCCACGUAUGUCAACAGGAAGCCCGCUAUCAUGAAGGCAAACAACUUAAACUGA